AUUGUACAUCUGUGUAUGAGGAUAAUAGUCGUAAAUCGUGAGGCAUCAGAGCACGAUGUCAAGAAAUAAAGAGGCAACCGCCUUUCCUGCAUCUUGACAUGACCAAGUUUACGGUUUUUAAAGGCAAAGUGAAAAUUGCCCGCUGACGAAACUGUGAACGUUGGAAAAACAUUGUCGCCGUCAAACCAUCAGAGAUACCUGAGGACUAUAAACCAUUCCCUCAGUAAAAUCUCAAUGGAGAAGCGAACGUGCCCACAACUAAAAUGGCCGACACAGGUCAAGGGGUAGAAACAAUACGCAACAUGGUCGGCCGCAGACGUUUGCCCGUAUCCAAGAUGGUUGCUUAGGCAACUCACAAGGACUACCACAGACAGCGCGCCUUUUUUUGUAAAUAAUCCCCUGGAGGUGGUGCUUUCUGUAGCAUCCGGAGGUUUAGUAAAUCUCUAUGGAACCGGCGACGGUGUUCUUGCGGCCGGCGGACCAGGGCCACUGCGGCCCCUUCGCCACAACGCAGAGCCAGUGGCUUGGUGGUAGGGCCGUGUGAGGGGGAUGCCGCUGGGCGAGUACGCCUUCGUGCGAGCCGUGGGUAAGGGCAGCUACGGGGAAGUGAACCUAGUGCGGCACCGGCGUGACAACAAACAGUAUGUUAUCAAAAAGCUGAACCUCAAACAUGCAUCGAGGCGUGAGAGAAAAGCAGCAGAACAAGAGGCCCAGCUGCUAUCUCAGCUGAAGCAUCCUAAUAUAGUCACCUACAGAGAAUCCUGGGAAGGGGAAGAUGGCAUGUUAUACAUUGUCAUGGGCUUCUGUGAAGGAGGGGAUUUGUAUCACAAGCUGAAAGAACAGAAGGGGCAACUUUUGCCUGAAAGCCAGGUUGUGGAAUGGUUUGUUCAGAUUGCUAUGGCCCUGCAGUAUUUACACGAAAAGCACAUUCUACACAGAGAUCUCAAAACUCAGAAUGUUUUCCUGACGCGUUCAAAUAUCAUCAAAGUGGGAGAUCUGGGAAUAGCUAGAGUACUGGAAAAUCAGUAUGAUAUGGCUAGCACUCUCAUUGGCACUCCAUACUAUAUGAGCCCUGAGCUGUUCUCUAAUAAGCCAUAUAAUUAUAAGUCUGAUGUAUGGGCAUUAGGUUGUUGUGCCUAUGAACUAGCCACUUUGAAGCACGCUUUCAACGCUAGAGACAUGAACUCCUUAGUUUAUCGAAUUAUUGAAGGAAAGCUGCCACCGAUGCCAAAAGAUUACAGCAUUCCAUUGAAAGAGCUAAUAAAAACUAUGCUUAGUAAAAAGCCAGAGGACAGACCCAGUGUGAGAAGCAUACUGAGGCAACCAUAUAUCAAACAUCAAAUAUCUUUGUUUUUAGAAGCUACAAAAGCAAAAACAUCAAAAAGUCGUAACAGAUUAUCUGAACACAAUCCUCAGAAUGAAGUGAAAAAUGGAACUACAAUACCCCAGAAGCUUUGUAAUGAACAUCCCAGGAAAUCUAAAGUGAAUGAAGAGAAACAUUUCAUCAAUAAUAAAACUUUUGAAGUCUCUUCCACAGACAAACAGGCAUCUGAGCCUGAAAAAAGUGUGAACAAAAAUGGAUUGAACAGCACAGGUGUAUCUAUGGCAACUGUGAGCAAAGUGGACAUAGUUAUUGUUCCACUGGAAAAGAGGAAUAGUAACAGUGAACUUCCUCUGGAGGAUAAAAAAGCCAGGAAGUCAAGUACUACCAGUGAAGGAGAGGCUGAAACACCAGUAGUUGGCCCACCCUUGAAGGAAGAAGGGUUGCACAGAGUCACAAAGCCACGCUUGAAAACAGAAUGUACCAGUAGCAAGGAUGUGGUUGUCUGUACCACUGGUGGUGGCGACAGCACUUUGAAUCUUCUUCAGCCUGUUUCUGAAACUCCAAGCACAAGUGAUAAUAACCUGGAUGCUACUGAGGAACCGCUAGCACCAUUUGUUCCGGUAGAAAUUAUGGAUGAAGCUUCUUGUGCAAACCCUGACGAAAGUAAAGAUGAAAUUCAGAAUGAACAUGCUCCUUGUUUUCAGCCUCAAGGAUCUGUUCAUGAGCCUUCCUUGUCACAACAGCGAAGGCAGAAGAGAAGAGAACAAUUUGAGGCUCUUCGAAGGCUUCCUUCUCCUCCUGAUGUGAAUUCAAAGAAAGAAGAAGAAAGCAUAUGCAAACAAAAGGCUGUGAAGAAAUCUAGAAGCACUGAAGUAGCUGUUUCUAAGGAUCGGCCAUUGUCAGCACGAGAGAGGAGGAGACUGAAGCAAUCCCAGGAAGACAUGCUUCCUUUAGGGCCUGCAGCAAGACAGAAAUCUCAAUAUGCAGCAGCUGAAACAAAAUUGCCAGAUCACUAUAUUGAAAUGGCUCAGUUUUCCUCAGAGGCCAAGCAGAAAAAGAGUGCUUUCUCAACUGAAGAUCUUAGCUCCUCCACCAGCUCUACAGAGAGGUCAGAUGGAGACUGUAAAGAAGGAAAAACAAAUGAAAUGAAUGACUUGGUACAGUUGAUGACGCAAACACUGAAAAUUGGUAGUAAGGAAAAUUGUUCACAUUCUGCAAUAUCGGCUCCUGAGUCACAGUUCAGACUGAAUAGGAAAUACAGAGAUACUCUGAUCUUACAUGGGAAGGCAUCAGAAGAAGCAGAAGAAUUCCCAUUUCAGGAAUUUCCUUCAGAUGUUCCAUCUGGUCCUGAAAAGAUCAGAAGAUUGGUUGAAAUUUUAAGAGCAGAUGUAGUUCAAGGACUUGGAGUGAAACUGCUAGAGAAAGUGUAUGAGGUGUUGGAGGAAGAUGAUGAAGACAAAAGAGAGCUGUAUCUGCGGAAACUCAUGGGAGAAAAGUACAUAUCUUACAGCACGAAGGCCCGGCAUUUAAAGUUCUUAGAAGACAAUGUGAAGCUUUGACAUGAUACCCAAGUCAACUCCCUUCUUCCAGAAGAACAGAGCAAAACGUUAUGCAAUUGCUUGCUGGAUCUUAAUUUUACUAUACUCAUUGAUUUAUGGAGUAGAAUUUUUGCUCUAUUUUUAAAAAAAUUGUUGUAGAGUGUAUUGUUACAUUUUUACUGUUCUUCAUAAAUGUAAGGAUUUGUUGUUUUUUAAAUACAAGUAAUAGCACUUCUAGAAA